AUGAACAACGAGCAUGGGAGGUGGCUUUACUAUCAUCAAUCCACCAGGCCAAGCUCUCGCCAAUCCACGAUGACAAGGCUAUGGCAAAAUCCGUACCUGGAAAAACAACAGCUGCGCAAGGAAGACAAUGGCGAAUUUGAUACGUUCUAUUACGGCGAUGCAGAAGUGCCAGACAAGCGCCAUGUAUAUCCCCUGCAGUGGAACAGACCGCGCGGCCCCCCUUUACCCCAAUUUGUGCCACAACGACUGAAAGAUCUGCGGUCAUCAAUCGACAAGGUUAAUCGGGCGAUCUCUAACCUUACCAAACCCAAGACUCGAAGCACGAUGGGUGCCAGCCAGAAGAAACGCUUUUUUUUCAAGCUUAGUGACGAUGAAGAUGAAGACACCAGACAACUCACAUUGCCUGACAACCUCUCACUCUACCUGGACUGGGUAGCUUAUAGACACGCAGUUUGGGAUGCUGCUGGUCUUCCCGGGCCAGAUGAGGACCUACUCGAAAAGUACAAUCUCCCUCAGCAUAUUGGCAGUGAUAGCACUGCAUGGCCAGCAUCUCUUAAACAGUUGGAAGUGACGAAUUUAAGGAUUGAUGAGGAUCCCACGGCCUUCCCAUGGGGCAAACCAGCAACCGCGCUGCAACGCACCCUAGCAAAAGCACCAGGAUAUACCAAGGACUCAUUGUUUAGCCACAAAGCGAUGAGGGCACUUAUACGCAUCGAACAGUGCUACUUCACCUGUAAUGCCACCGACAGGGCAGCACUUUCAUCGAAAGGCGUUGAUGAUUGGGCAAUGACUGCCAAGGGCAGGACAUACGUGAUGGAAGCUCUCGAACAACUUGGUGCAACAAAGAAACACACCCCACCUUCUUUGCAUGAUACAUUACAACCCUCCUUGUGGCUCCAUCCUUUUGGGCAUGUGUUCUUUUCUCCCUUGUCUUAUAAGGCACCUUGA